UUCUUCAAGCAAGAAGAGAUCAAAUCUUUUUCAGUGUCGUCGUCCUCACAGAACAUCACUACUCUCUGUGGUUUUCUCAGUAUCAAAGCAUCAUUCAUUUUCCCGAGAAAAGUAAUAAUGAAUUCGAACAUUCCCUCACAAUCGAAACAUCAGAACCAGCUUAAUAAUAUGCAACAAUCUUUCUCCAAUCUCCAAUCCCAAUGCUCCAGUUUACUCCACAACGUUUCGCAAAAGCUUAACCCAAAUAUCUUCUCUGCUCUCAACUCGUUCCGAGAUCAAGCUAAGCAAGCUUUAGAUUCCGGAAUCUCUCGCUUCAAUCCCGUUUCUCGCUCUGGUAACGCUCCCCUCUGGGCGAGAAUUUCUGAGGGCGACGGCGGCGGUGGUGGGGCGAGGACUCAGGUGACGGCUCCGGUUCGCGGUAGUAGCGGGAAAGGGUUAUCAGCUGAUGCUAUUGAGGAGAGAUUAGCGGGAGUUCCUGUUUACGCGUUGAGCAAUUCGAAUGAGGAGUUUGUUUUGGUUUCGGGUACUUCUACUGGGAAGUCUCUAGGUUUGUUGUUUUGUAAAGAGGAAGAUGCGGACACGCUUCUUAGACAGAUGAAGAGUAUGGAUCCUCGUAUGAGGACAGAAGGUUCUAAAGUUGUAGCUCUUGCUCUUAGCAAGGUGUUCCAGUUAAAAGUUAAUGGUGUGGCAUUUAGGUUGAUUCCUGAGUCUACUCAAGUGAAAAAUGCUCUCAAGGAAAGGAAAACAGCUGGUAUCGAUGAUGAUGACUUCCAUGGUGUUCCUGUUUUCCAGUCAAAGAGCUUGAUUUUACGAAGUGAAAACAUGAGUUAUCGCCCUGUUUUCUUCAGAAAGGAGGAUUUGGAAAAAUCCCUAGUACGAGCGUCCAGCCAACAGAACCGACUCAACCCUGCUCUGAAACCAGGCGAUAUUCAGGUUGCAGUAUUCGAAGAUAUUGUCAAGGAGAUGAAGGAAAGCACAAGUUCAAGCUGGGACGACAUUGUGUUUAUACCGCCUGGUUUUGAGGUUUCAACUGAACAAACCCAGGAGUAGAGGAAAUCCUUGGAGCGUCAACCCGAACCCAAUCCUUCUUCAUUUUCACAUUCCUAUCUCAUCACUCAACAACGUGGAUGAAGACAGAGAGUUAAGAGAUAGGGUUGAUGAUGUUCCCCUCCAUUAACAUUCUUCUCAAAAUUGUUGCUUCCUCUAUGUCGUCCUAUGAUUUCUAGCCUCCUUAUAAGUUUUUUCUAAUGACAUAUUUCGCUUUGAAUUCACUCUUAUAGUACUAGAACAAAGUAAGAGUAGCAGCUGGUACUAAUAUUUACUGUCAUGUUUACAUUUAUUUUUAAGACGAAAUUUUUAAUCCA